AUGCUUGGCAGCUGCUCUUCCUUUAGCAGCCGCACAUAUGGCACGAUCACCUCGCACCUUCUCCGGAAUGUGACCGCAUCACGACGCCCAUCCUCUCCCAUCCCAGGAUGUGGCCGAAGAGAGCACGCAGAGCAGUCACUCGUCUCGCCGAGGAGACAGUCCACCAGAUUGCUCCAUCACUCCCCGUCGGUCCAUGAGAAGAACGCACCGCCCUCUCACUCCACGUCACCGAGAUCCUCGCUACUGGACUCUUCUUCCCCACACAACUCUCUCGAAUCCUUCCACGCCUACGCGGCCCGCACCGGUCUGUCGCGAUCCAGCACCGUCUACACUGGCACCACGUACGAAUACCUCGCACAGUCCACCCUCCGACCCUAUGGGUUUGAUCUGCAUCGAGUGGGCGGCAGAGGGGAUCGCGGCGUCGAUCUCGUAGGUGUCUGGGAGAUACCCAUCUUGUCGCACACUGGCGAAUGGAAAGAGACGAGGCAUAACACAAAAGGUCGAGGAUACAAUUAUGCGGGGGUCGAAGGGUUCGAGGGUGUAGAGACCUUGCAGCUCAAGGUGCUGGUCCAAUGUAAACGCCUAUCGGGGAGGCAUGCUAGGAUUGGGCCGAAUCUGGUCAGGGAAUUGGACGGGGCUGUCAGAGCGAGUAGAAGUGCAGCCUUGGUUGACAUGAUCUUCUCUCAGAACACGGCGGCGAGCACGGCCACAGAUGAGGGGAGCAGCCGCCGCGACGAAGAGCCCCAACAGUCGGAUCCAGGGUUGGGACAGGCCAUCGGCGUGCUGGUGGGCACCAGGCCAGCGACCAAAGGCGUGGUGGACGGUAUGAGCCGGUCGACUCGUGGAUUAGUCUGGAUCAUGAUGGAAGAAGCCACGGAUCAAGAAACGGGGCCGAGGGUUGAACCACAACUCACAGACCAAUGCGAGUCUCUUUCCCCAGACACAACCGACCCCACUACCGCUCUAAAGGGCCGCGUCAAGCAAAUCCUCUGGAACCACGCUGCCCGCGGUGCUGGACUAGAGGGUGUCGACGUGGUAAAGCGUUACGCCUCGGACGGUGCGGAAGAGGUGGUCCUGAUGCGAGGCGGGCGAGUCUGGGGCGGCAGUCCAAGACAGAAAUGA